GGGCGGGGUCCGGCGAUGGCGGGCAGCGGAGGGGAGGGCGCACGACGGCACGAAGGAGCAGACGCACGGCCGCGCGGCGCCCCGCAGCAGCCACGCGCUCGGCGGCAGCGAGGCGCGCAACAGCAGGCUCGCGUGCGACAGCGUGCAGCAGCAGGGGCGGCAACUCGGCGUGCAGCAGCAGGCACGGGCGGCGGAGAGGGGAUUCCAUAUUUAAUAUAUUGGAGGAAUUCUUUUUCAUCUUAUGCAGCAACUCAUUUUCGCCAUGUGUUGACAUCAGUUAUUCAGAGUUCCUGCAGCCAUAUAUGGGAUGCAUUUCAGCUUGCUCGUGCCUCUUUUCGAUUAUACUGUGUACGAAAUAACCAUGUUCGAAGUGUUGAGCUUGGGCCUCACCUAUUAGGGGAUGCUCCAAAGAUCAACAUUGCCCCUCCCGAUAAUGGAAUGGCUGAUGGAGAAGGUAGCUCUGAAGCUUUUUCAGCUAUAAAGAUACAUGACAAAGAUGUCAACAUGAAAUUUCUUAUCUGUGGUGUGCCAUGUACCUUGGAUGCAUGUUUGUUGGGCUCACUGGAAGAUGGUUUGAACGCUUUGUUGAAUAUUGAGAUUCGUGGGAGUAAACUACGUAAUCGAGUCAGUGCUGCUCCUCCACCUCUUGAAGCUGAAACUCUUCCAUGUGGGGUAGUUACAAUGCGUUCUGAUAUCACAACUUGCAGUUCUUCAUACAUGUCUCUUCUUGUUUCUGGCAGUGCACAAACUUGCUUUGAUGAUAAGAUUUUGGAGAGCCAUAUAAAAAAUGAAAUUAUUGAAAAGAGCCAAUUGGUUCGCUCUCUGCCAAAUAGUGAGGAUAAUAAGCCAUCUUCAGCAGAGCCUUUAACUUCCAUGUCGAUCGCUUGUGGAGCGUCUAUAUUUGAAGUCUGGAUGACCCUCCCCAAGUGGGCUGCAGAGAUUUUGAAACAACUUGCUCCAGAUAUCUCUUACAAAAGCUUGGUUGGACUUGGAAUUGCCAGUGUAAAUAGUACACCAGUAUCUUCAUUCAAUAGGCAAGAUGCAGAUCGACUUCUUUUCUUUUGCACAAGCCAGUACAAAGAUCGACCUAUUGAAGUCGGUCCAUAUUUACAUCUGCCAAGAUGGUCAGCAUCCCUUACUAAGGAGAGAAGAAUGAAGGGAAGUCUCGAGGUGGAACCAAAUGUUUCUUGUGCAAAUGGAGUUGGAGAUGACAAGAAACAUCUGAUGGAUGGAUCUUCUCUGCCAUCAGUCAAGACCAGGCUGAAGCCAGCAACAAUGAGACCCAUUCCCCGCUCUUCAAAGCAACACCUGCAUCCUUUUACGGGUUUCACUCAGUCUAUCAUUAAUGGUGCUUAUCAAACUAAGUCCAGCUUUCCAGCACGUCCACCAGGAAAGCAUAAUUCAGUACCUGCUGCCUCAGCAACUCGAAGGAAAUCGUCAUCCGGGUCAUCACGUUCUCAACAAGCACUUCUAUUGAAUCCUCUCCCAAUGAAGAAACAUGGUUGCGACCGGUUGCCUAUCCAAACUUGCCAUGAAGAAGAUUUCUUGAAAGAUCUCAUGCAGUUUUUACUCCAAAGGGGCCACACUCGACUUGUACCUCAAGGAGGACUAGCUGAAUUUCCAGAUGCAAUCCUAAAUGCAAAGCGCCUUGAUUUAUAUAACUUGUACAAAGAGGUUGUAUCCAGAGGUGGCUUUUAUGUUGGCAAUGGCAUAAAUUGGAAAGGUCAAGUAUUUUCGAAGAUGUGCAACCAUACUGUUACCAAUAAAAUGACGGGUGUUGGAAACACGCUAAAAAGACACUACGAAACAUACUUGCUAGAAUACCAACUUUGUCAUGACGAUGUCGAUGGUGAAUGUUGCUUGCUGUGCCACAGUACCGCUCCAGGUGACUGGGUGAACUGUGGGUUGUGCGGUGAUUGGGCCCACUUUGGAUGUGAUAAACGCCAAGGGCUAGGUGCUUUCAAGGACUAUUCAAAGACAGAUGGUUUGGAAUACAUCUGUCCCCACUGUAGCGGUACAAAUUAUAAGAAGCCACCACUACCCAAGAGAGUAGGCAAUAGUUCCGCAAAUCUGGCAUCUGCAUCACAAAAUGUUUAAUUUUCCUUUUCUUUGCGUGCCCCUUUUGUCCCACAUUUUGGGAGAGACGGGGCUGGCAGAAAGUAGGGCCUAGACGUGUGUAGUGUUGAGCCGUGUGAUCUCAUUAUUCUGGUUCACUUAUGGUGGAAAGUUAAGUGCAAUCUGUGACAGCUCAGGAAACAUCGAACCUGUUGUGUUUCAUAUUUCCUCAGGUUGUGACCGUGCAUUUUUUGGCCCAUUUUGUUAACAGUAUUGAUAAUUGACCAGUGAAGAAACGAUGUGUUCUGUGACUAUCGUAUUUCAUAUUUCCCUGCAAA